ACCGCGGACGCGCUCGAGCCAACACCACGCGACAAGAGUAGAUACAAGAUGGCGACCGUUUUAGUACCAGAGGAAUAAGUGCCGUGAAGGAUAGGUAUGGUACUUUUUCAAUUUUCGCCUUUCUUUACAAUUCGUGUCAGUUGUAAUAGUGUACACAUUCCUCUGAAAACUAACUAGCAUGUUUGAUAAACAAUUCAAACCCUGACGUAUUGACCCCUAAAGUAUUUAGACUUGGCUUGACAAUAUUAGCUUGGUUGCUGCUAGCCAUGUAGCUAGCUAUGUUACUCACCACGUUAGCCAACAAACUAGCUAGAUACUUUAUUAUUUUACUAGCGAUUGUUUAGCUAUCUUACGCUAGAUAUUCGAUUUGUGUUUAUUUAGAAGAUACAUGCCGCCAGACAGAGAAAGAAAGCACAAGGGCACCUUAGGCGCGCGCACGAGCCUUCGCUAUCCUCCUCGAUAAGUUUACGAGUAGGUUCUUGUCAGCAGUAACGUUAGUCGUGUUAUAACUAUAGAUAGAUAGUGACAUCACGGAUAGAAGAAGGAGCGGUUAGUUACCAGUAUUUUGGUGACAUUGUUAGCUAGAGUUAGUUUUCAAAGUUGUCUUGCGGGGAUAAUUUACCAAUGUCGGGUGAGUUAAUGAAAUGGUAAACACGUUUGGGAAAGCUUGCUAGCUAAGUUAGCAGGUUUGAAAACACAUCUCUCGCUAUUUGUCAGUGUUGACUGGGUAAAAUUAGGCAGAAGCAAAGGAAUGUCCUUGCUAGUAACUGCCCACCAGAUCUAUUGUGGAUUAAAAAAACGGAAUAAUGUAUCACGAAUGUCGAUGGUUAUAAAACCACAAUUGCAUUGAUUAAAUGUUAUAUAAAAACAGUGGGAGUCAAAGGGGUACAAUGUUGACAGACUCAGUCAAGGCAUGCCAGCCAGAAACUCCUUCAGUGGUAACAGCUAACGUUACUUAUUUAAAUCAUACACAGGGAGUCUUGAAUGGUAAACAAACACCCCUUAGAACUUGGACAUGUGUAGUCAGUGUCAGUCUUGUCCUGUUUCUCCUCCUAAAUAUACUAUAGAUUGGUUCAUGGAGAAGGGUAACAGUAGCUGGGACUGGCAUCCUCUGAUCCUCAAGGUUAGUUUCCUUUUGAUCUUCCUAUCCAUCUCUUUCUCCAUUCCCUUUCUAUAUCCAUCUCUUCUCUUGCCCCUUUCUCUUUGUAAGGCUGCCUGUACACAUACAAAGGGUGCUCUACCCUCCCAGCUCAGCCCCCCUUUGUUUUCCAGGCUUAAGUCUCCCUUUGGCCUCAUUGGGGGGUGAUGAUGAUGGAGCUGAGACUCUAAAACAGAAAUCCCCAACCCCAGCAGUUUUCAAACUGUGCUACGGAAGUGCCUAACCCCCCAGGGUUAUGCAAACUGUUUUAAAGGGUACAUUAGAGGAAGGAAAUCUGUAAUGGCAGAAAACCACAUCUAAUCACCACAGUCAACAUGCAGGAUAUCGUCCUGUCUUUUUUGACAAUAAGUACCCAUGUUAGAGAGCUAACUGGUUAAAUGCGUGACCACAAGUUAUUAUAAAGACCAGAAUGGGUUGUGGGUUAAAAAGGUUUUGAUACAAUUGUUUUCACUAACAUGCAUCUUGUAAAACAAAGGAUCUCUUCAUACGAUUUGGGUAAGGCCUUUAGUGAGCGGAGAUUAGAGAAGUUUAAAGAGUUUUGUACAACUGCCUUUCUCUCUGUCUCUCUCUUCCUCCCCAGAUAAAGCCAUGCCGUGGGACCGCCCAGUUUCUGAGCUCGCAAUGGUGAUCUGAAGCCCCAGUGUGGACGUGUCACAUCCACACUCGCCUACCCACAGACACACACACGGACUGAGCCACCCAGCAAGUGUGUGCGAUGGACAGGUGUAAGCACGUGGGGCGGCUCAGGCUGGCCCCAGACCACUCCAUCCUCAACCCCCAGAAGUGGCAUUGCGUGGACUGCAACACCACAGAGUCGGUGUGGGCCUGCCUGGGCUGCGCCCACGUUGCGUGCGGCCGCUACAUCGAGGAGCACGCCCUGCAGCACUUCCUGCAGCAUCGCCACCCGUUGGCCAUAGAGGUCAACGAGCUCUAUGUCUUCUGUUACCUAUGUGACGACUACGUGCUCAACGACAACGCGACGGGAGACCUCAAGCUGCUGCGCUCCACGCUCAGCGCCAUCCAGAGCCAGCGCUACGAGGUCACCACCCGCUCAGGACGCACCUUGAGAUCGGCUAGCGCUCCGCCCGACGCCCCCCAGCCCUGCGGCUCCAGCGAACUGCAGCUGAGGGACGAGGACCGCAUGUUCACGGCGCUCUGGCACCGCCGCCGGGCACUGAUGGGUCGAGUGUUCCACACCUGGUUCAGCCUAACGGAAGGGGGGAAGAGGAGGGAGGAGGAGGAGAGGCAGAGAGAGGAGGAGGAGAGGCAGAGAGAGGAGGAGGAGAGGCAUAGAGAGGAGGAGGAGAGGAGGAGGAAGGAGUUGAGGGAGAGGAGGAAGACGUUGAAGAGGCAGCUACAGGAAGCGUUGGAGAGCGCCCCACCCAGGAAGAGUCAUCGCCUGAGGAGAGCCAGCCAGAGAGCUGCUGCCGCCGCUGCUGUCACCCCCUGCCCCACACGAACACGCACCACUUACACACCCCAGACCCACCUCGCCCCCCAACCAAGAACCCAGAGCCCCGCCACUCACACCUCCAAGAGAAUGGGCCGCCCCCCUAAAACCUCCGCGCCCAAACCCUCUCGCUACUCAACCCCCUCUUCUUCCACCAAAGGCAAACCCAGAGCAUCCUCUGCCCAAGCCCGGACUGCCCCCUCCCCGGCCCCCCGCCGUGCCCCCUCCAAACAGGGCGACUCGCCCCUCAAACGGCGGCCCACUGUCACUCCGGGUGUCACGGGUCUGCGUAACCUAGGCAACACGUGCUAUAUGAACUCCAUCCUGCAGGUGCUGAGCCACCUUCACAUCUUCAGGGAGUGUUUCCUCCGGCUGGACCUGACGCAGGCCCUGGAGCUGCUGGCCUCGGCUGUUCACGGCCAGCUGGUGGUUCCCAGCCCCGGGGGCCCUGUGUCGUCCUCCCCGCUGGUCCAGAGGAGAGGCCCCCAGGUGGGUGCUGGGCUAAGCGGGGGGGCCUCCAGGGCCCGGAGCAUGGAGCUGAUUCAGCCCAAGGAGCCCAGCUCCAAGCACAUCUCCCUGUGCCAUGAGCUGCACACACUCUUCCAGGUGAUGUGGUCGGGCAAGUGGGCGCUGGUGUCGCCCUUCGCCAUGCUGCACUCGGUGUGGCAGCUGAUCCCAGCCUUCCGGGGCUACGCCCAGCAGGAUGCCCAGGAGUUCCUGUGUGAGCUGCUUGACAAGGUGCAGCACGAGCUGGAGAGCACAGGGACUCGCACGCCGCACGCUGGUGUGUCAACCGGACAGAGACAUCUCAUCAAGCAGGUGCUCAGCAUAGUCAACACCAUCUUCCACGGUCAGCUCCUCAGCCAGGUGACGUGUCUAGCAUGUGACCACCGCUCCAACACGGUGGAACCUUUCUGGGACCUAUCGCUGGAGUUCCCCGAGCGUUACCACAGCAACAGCCGGGAGAGCGCAGCGCAGGUCUCGUGCCAGCUGACGGAGAUGCUGGCCAAGUUCACGGAGACCGAAGCCCUGGAGGGCAACAUCUACGCCUGCGACCAGUGCAACAGUAAGCGGCGGAGGUUCUCCUCCAAGCCUGUCAUCCUGACUGAAGCUCAGAAACAGCUGAUGGUUCACAAACUGCCUCAGGUCCUGCGCCUGCACCUCAAACGCUUCAGGUGGUCUGGGAGAAACCACAGGGAGAAGAUCGGGGUCCACGUCAGCUUUGACCAGCUCCUCAACAUGGAGCCAUACUGCUGCAGAGACCCCUCCCCCAAGGGCUCGCCAUGCUCCAGUCCCGCCCCUGCCGGCUCCCUGAGCCCCAAACACUUCCUGUAUGAACUGUCCGCUGUGGUGAUGCAUCAUGGGAAGGGCUUCGGCUCUGGCCACUACACUGCCUACUGCUACAACAAAGAAGGAAGGUUCUGGGUACACUGUAAUGACUCUAAGCUGAACGUGUGUUCUGUGGAGGAGGUAUGUGGUGCCCAGGCCUACAUACUCUUCUACACGCAGCGCUUCACUCAGGACCAGGACCCACUGAGCCCCGCCCCAUACCCUCCUCCUUUGUACCUCAGCAGUCCAGUGACAUGACAUCAGCAUUACCACCACCACCAAAACAUCUCAACCCCCCCUCUCUCACGCUCUUUCUUUGUGUUCAUUUUAUCUCCUCUGGGGGGAGGAAUGAUAAUUUUAUCAUUUAUUUUUCUAAAAGACACAAAAGACAUUUAUUUUUGUCUUUGUGAAUUUCUUGUACAUGUUGUUUUAAAAGAAAAGGAAAACGUGUUUGAUAGUGUACAGGUUUAUUUUAUCAAGAGUAUCAGCCAAGUUGUGCGUUGUAUUAUAGUCACGCCUUUACAGGAGUAGAGACAGACUUUGGCCAGGUGUGACUGUGUAAUCUAGUUCAGAUUUAUUCAGGUGUCAACCUUCUGCUCUUCUGUGCUGUUUUUAUUUUUCUCAAACGAUUUGAAUCAUCUAAAAUGUUUCUCACAGCCACUUUAGACAGUUGACUAAGGGAUGUCAGUCAGUCAAAUUCUCAACUGGAAUGUAGACUGAAACAGAUAAUUCCCUCCAUAAAUAGUUUUUUUUAGAGUUUAACCCCUUUAGUUUCACCAGAGACGUAAGGGAAAGCGAGACACCUCCCUCGCUCCUAUCUUCUGGUUCAUCUUAAUUUAUCCACCAUCUUUGGUAUCGCUUUCUGUAGUAAGUCCGGUCGGUCAGGAAAUGGUUCAUAAUUGACUACUGACCUCACGCCAAAGCACGAGGGAAACGUUUCAAAAGUAUCUCAGCUUCUCCAAAAACAAUUACAGAACAUUUGCAAGAUAUAUUCUUUGACUGGUUUUGGAAAAUCUAUUUUAUAACCAGUUUCCAAAGGGAUGUUUGUUUUUAGCUGAAUACUGCCCUCUGUCCAGAAUGUGGUGCUGGAGUUUUUAGGCCUGUUGCCGCCUAACUUUUGGUUGGCAUCCCUACAGCAUUUGCGGCUGCCACAGUCAUAAUUGUCAUAGAAAAGUGCCCUUCGUUAUCAGAACAUAUCUAUUUUUGUAGUUCCUUUGCCAGAAGUGUAUUCGGUAUCAGUUAUUUGUAGCAGAGACUGUGAAAUGCAGUCCUACCCAGGCCAGCAUUUAGAAUAUUGAAUGUAUUUUUGUAUACUUGAACAUCGAGGAUGUUUCACAAAAGUUGUUAAAAAAAACAAAACAGGGCCACUGACUGUUCGAUUUUUAUAGUUUUGUAAUUGAUUCCUUCCCCCUCUAGUUGUUUGGAAUCACCAGCAGGUCUGACCCGUCUCUCCUGUGUGUAUACCAGCAUAUGUGUUCACACAAUAUAGUUGGCUCUGUAUAAUGUAAGUAUAAAAUAGCCAGACUGAUGCAAGUAGAUCCUUGCUGUGUGUUUGUGAGAGAUCUCCAUGCUGGUACUAGCUUAACUGCUCUCAACCUAAAUGCUGUUCAUCUCUAGAUUCACCUUUUGGGGAGAAUUCAAAGCACAUUUCCACCCGAUAUGUUUGUUGGCAUUGUGCUCAUACUGCCUCGGGUGUGUACACAUUUAUGGAAGUGAUACUAUGCAAAUUCUUACCUCAAUUUUUAGAGAAUUACCUCAUGAGAAUAUAUUUUAAUUUUUCUAAGAAAACACUAAUUUCUUGUGUACUUUUUUAAAAAUCUGCACCACUUAAUUCAGUUAAGGUUCCUACCAUGCUGUAGCCCUCACACAAUCCCCUUUCACUUGACUAAAUAGGGCAUACAUAAUGGCUGCCUACUAGACUCAAGAUUUGUAUAUCAUGACGAGACGCUCAUGUCUCCCCCCCUAACAAUGGCAGUCGUUGCCCAUAGAAAUGCUUUGGACAGAUUUUGGUGAGGGUGAAAUCUCUUGCUUUGCCUUUUCCUCUGAUAGAAUCUACUGGACGCCUGCAAGGUUGUGUAGGAACAGUGGGCUCCCGAGUGGCGUAAGACACUGCAUCUCAGUGCUAGAGGCGUCACUACAGCCUGUAUCACAACCAGCCGUGAUUGGGCGGCGCACAAUUGGCCCAGCAUUGUCCGGUGUAGGCCGUCAUUGUAAAUAAGAAUUUGUUCUUAACUGACCUGCCUAGUUAAACAAAAUAAAUAUAGACAAUCAAGGAUAUCUUCCCA